AUGUCGGAAUCAGAAGCCUUGCGAUGGGGAAUCUUGGGAUGCGGGAAUAUCUCCGGAGACUUUGUUAAAGCCUUCACCAACACAAAGAAACCACACACGGUAAGGAAGCUAAGGGAUUUUGCAACUUUCAUAACUUUUAUACCUAAAAUUUUAUGUUUCAGUUGGUUGCGAUUGCUGCGAUGGGUGGAAUAGAGAAAGCCGAGGCUUUUAUUGAAGAGAACAAAGUCCCCGAAGCCAAGCCGUGUGGCGAUUAUCAAGACGUUUUGGACAAUGAAGACAUCGGUGAGUUUAUCGAUGUUAUCCCUGAUCUGAUCUUUGCUCUCUUUAGAAAUCGUGUACAUUGGUACGCAAACCUUUUGGCAUUACGAAUGGGCAAUCAAAUCACUUGAAGCUGGCAAGCACGUUAUUGUUGAGACUCCAAUCGCUGUAACAGCAAAGCAAGCCGAGGAAUUAGCGGAGAAGGCAAAAGAAGUCGGAAAGUUCUUGAUGGAAGGAUUCUGGAGUCGGUUUUUCCCUGCAUACGUUGAAAUUAAGAGACUCUGCGAGACAGAGGACUUUGGCAAGCCCAAAUUUGUGAAUUGUAACCUGGGAUUUCCGAUUGCCGAGCCAACGCCGUCCAAUGGACGGACAAUCAUGUCCACCAUCGGAUGUUAUUGUGUAAACCUUGCGCAAUUUGUGUUUGGAGGCGAAGCUGAGGAAGUGAAAGCUGUUGGAGAACUGGAUCCUGAACACGACAGUAAGUUUGGUCGUCUUUGAUGGUUUUAGUUGCCUUUUUAAGACACUUGUAUGUAAAUUAUACUAGACACCAUUGACGAUUUUGCUUUUCAGAUGCCGAAAAGUGGGCCACGAUUAAUAUCAAGUUUGGCGACGAUAAGAACGCGAUUAUCCAUACAGAUUCAAGAGUAUUCUUGCCCAAUUCAGCUUAUGUAACUUUCGAAAAUGGCUAUGUGGAGGUGAGAUACUACAAUAUAAAACUUGUUGAACCUUUGAUAGAUUUCCCCCGUGUUUGGUCCGACAUCAUAAUUUACUUCCAUUUUCAGAUCCCCGAAUGGAUGCACGCCCCCACCAAGUUGAAGUAUUAUCAAAUGGGAGGAGAUGAUGGGUAUGGAGAACAUGCCCAAAAAGAGUUCCGAUUGGACGAUCGGAGAAAGUUUGUUUAUCCGAACAGCACUGGAUUCAGAUACGAACAGGACCAUAUUUACGAAUGUGUAAAGAACGGUGAUCUGGAGAGUCCGGUCAUGUCUUUGGCUGACAGUAUCGCUAUCAGAAAGGUGAUCGACGAAGCCCGCGAUCAGAUCGGCGUCCCUCAACCUGAUGUGUAA